CACAUGUUUAGCGGAAGUUGCGUCUUAGACCAGAAAGAAAAAACAAAUAUGGCAGUGUCCCUACGCCGCCUUACAUCUGCGGGGAAAAAGCUACAGGAACAUCUACUGCGGACGUCAUAUAACGUACCUAGGAUCCUUCCUGGACCCCAGAGAUGGUUGGCGAGCCGGGCGGCUCAGCAGGUGCAGCUGAACGUUCCAGAAACUAAAGUGACCACGUUAGAAAACGGCCUCCGAGUGGCUUCAGAGGACUCAGGCCUCACAACCUGCACCGUGGGACUCUGGAUAGAUGCUGGCAGUCGCUAUGAGAACAAGAGGAACAACGGCACUGCACACUUCCUGGAGCACAUGGCAUUCAAGGGCACCAGAAAACGCUCCCAGCUGGAUCUGGAGUUGGAGAUCGAAAACAUGGGGGCUCAUCUGAACGCGUACACGUCACGGGAGCAGACAGUGUACUACGCCAAAGCCUUCUCCAAAGAUCUGCCUCGAGCUGUGGAGAUCCUGGCUGACAUCAUCCAGAACAGCACUCUGGGAGAGGCGGAGAUUGAGAGAGAGCGAGGGGUGAUCCUUCGAGAGAUGCAGGAAGUGGAGACCAACCUACAGGAAGUGGUUUUUGAUUACCUUCACGCCACAGCGUACCAGUCCACAGCGCUGGGCCGGACCAUUCUGGGCCCCACUGAGAACAUCAAGACAAUCAACAAGGGGGACCUGGUGGAGUACAUCACCACUCACUACAAAGGACCCAGAAUCGUGCUGGCUGCUGCUGGAGGGGUCUGCCACAAUGAGCUCAUCAGUUUGGCCCGGUAUCACUUUGGAAAACUUCCUGGCAGAUAUGAGGGUGAAGCCCCGGCGCUCCCUCCCUGUCACUUCACAGGAAGUGAGAUGCGUGUGCGUGAUGACAAGAUGCCCCUAGCUCACAUUGCAAUUGCUGUAGAGGCGGUUGGCUGGUCCCACCCGGACACCAUCCCACUCAUGGUGGCAAACACACUUGUUGGAAACUGGGACCGCUCAUUUGGUGGAGGAGUGAACCUGUCCAGUAAACUGGCUCAGAUGGCCUGUCAGGGGAACCUCUGCCACAGCUUUCAGUCCUUCAACACCUGCUACACAGACACAGGGCUGUGGGGGCUCUACAUGGUGUGUGAGCCUGGCACAGUGGAGGAUAUGAUGCACUUCACCCAAAGGGAAUGGAUGUCUCUAUGCACCAGCGUGACAGAAUCUGAGGUGGCUCGCGCCAAAAACCUACUAAAGACCAACAUGCUGCUGCACCUGGACGGAUCCACCCCGAUCUGCGAAGACAUCGGCCGACAGAUGCUUUGCUACAGUCGCAGGAUUCCUCUGCAUGAACUGGAGGCCCGGAUUGAUGCCAUUGAUGCUGAGACCAUUAAGGAAGUGUGCACUAAAUACAUUUACAACAGAGCUCCCGCCAUAGCAGCUGUUGGUCCAAUCGAGCAGCUACCCGACUACAACCAGCUCCGUAGUGUAAUGUUCUGGAUGAAAGGCUGAACACAACCACCCAGCAUCCACCAAAGAAAGACAUUUAUGUUUCUAGGUUUUUUUAUUAUAAAAUAAAGAACAACACAAUAACAUUAAAAUAAGG